AUGGCGCGGCCAGGAUGGACUGAUGUUAGUGGACGAGGCGAUGCUCAGAUGUUUGCAAUGGAGUUGGACGUGAUACCAAAGUUUUCCUCCAAAGAUGAGGAGAUCGACUUCUGGAAGGCACUGUCUUUCAAAUACAAGAAGAGCUGCCAGGACGCCCAGGACGAGCUGCUGGAGUUCCAGGAGGGGAGCCGCGAGCUGGAGGCCGAGCUGGAGACACAGCUGGGGCAGGCCGAGCACCGCAUCAAGGACCUGCAGUCGGAGAACAACCGGCUGAAGAACGAGGUGGACAAUCUCAAGGAAAAGCUGGAGCAGCAGUAUUCCCAGAGCUAUAAACAGAUCUCUCUGCUGGAGGACGACCUCUGCCAAACACGCAGCAUCAAAGAGCAGCUUCACAAAUACGUCCGCGAGCUCGAGCAAUCCAACGACGACCUGGAGAGGACCAAACGAGCAACAAUCGUUUCUCUGGAGAACUUCGAACAGCGUCUGAAUCAGGCCAUCGAGAGAAACGCCUUCCUGGAGAGCGAACUGGACGAGAAGGAGUCCCUACUGGUGUCUGUGCAGAGACUAAAAGACGAAGCAAGAGACUUGCGACAGGAGCUGGCGGUGCGGGAGAGGCAGGCCGACACCACCAGGAUGUCUGCUCCCAGUUCUCCCACUCAGGACAGUGUGAAGAUGGACAGUGCGGUGCAGGCCUCUCUGUCUCUGCCCGCCACGCCGCUGAGCAAAGGCCUGGACAACGUCUUUGCCUCGACAGCUCUAUCCAACGGCUACGGCGGCAACUCCCCGCUGACCCCGUCCGCUCGGAUCUCUGCACUCAACAUCGUCAGUGAUCUGCUUCGCAAAGUCGGCGCGCUCGAGUCCAAACUGGCGGCGUGUCGGAACUUCGCCAAGGACCAGAAGGCGAGGAAGGCCUUCGCUCUGGACAACAGCAACGCCCUCAACGCCAACAACAACUUUGCACAAUCACUUCAUACGUCUUAUUUUGACAAAGCGACAGAGGUGGUCACAUUCCCGGCUUUGAUUUUACUCGCUCACAGCCACAGGGCCAUGAAUGCAGUAGACUCUGAAAACAACCCGGCCAUCACUGUUCCACCGGCCGCCGCGGCUCCAGGCCUCGUGCCGCUCGCCGUCUGA